CGAUGGCCUAACUGCAAUACCCCGUAUCUGACAAUUUUGAGAUUUUGAGAGUUUCAUUGCAUUAGGUUUGUUGGGUUGCCUAGCAUGUUGUGUCAGAACCCUGUAUCAUACAAAAAAUAAGAAAGCCUUGGAAAAUUGCUUUUAUUUAAUAUCCCGUAUUGCUCGUCAGAAGACAUGCGCAUAAAAAUAUCCCGUAUCUGUCAGUUGUACAUUGCAUUCUUCUACAACCUACACGUGUGCGAGUUUAUUUAGCUGUUCAGUGAAUUAAUUAUAUUUCAAAGAUGCAGGCAACUCGAUCACACAGAAUUUUGUCUAUGGUUUUAAAUCGAAAAGAAAAUAAUAAUCAACAGCCUUCUAGCAGUACCAAGCAAGUUUCUGAAACUGCUGUAUUCACUGAGUUCAGUGAAGUCUAUAAAGUAAGCGCCACAGAUGGGACCCUAAUACCGAUAGAAGGAGAUUUUCGAGAUACUACUGAUUGGCACGAUACUGAAAAUAUCUCCAUUUUACUGAGCAACGUUCAACAGCAAAUAUUUCAAGAUGAAGUCCUCGGUGAAGUCGCACAUGAGCAUCUUGUAGAAACUGAUGAAAGAACAGAAAACAUUAAUUCAAGUCCUGCAUAUUUAGAACAGAGAAAAACUCAACAGCAAAUAUUUCAAGAUGAAGUCCUCUGUAAAGACACACAUGAGCACCUUGUAGAAACAGAUAAAGUAACAGAAAAUACUAAUCCAGAUACUUAUUUAAAGCAAACACAUUUAUUGGAAAUAGGCAAUUUGCACCUUAACCCCGGUUCAAGCAUCACCUCUGAGGAAUCCAAUCAAAACUACGAUUAUAUCCUUGAAGAAGAUCCCGAUUUUUCAGAUAAAACUGCUAAUAAUGAAGAGAAAACAGACUGUGCGAGGAGCUCAGAUGAAGAUUCCAAUCAAAACGACGACGAUUAUAUUUGAAGAAGAUCCCGAUUUUUCAGAUAAAACUGCUAAUA